AUGAGUCGCCGGAUCUUUGGUUUGGCGCUUGUGGUCGGUUUCGGUGUCUUGAACGGCUAUGUGACCUUUCAGCCUGCGUUUGAUGACCUAGAAAGAGAGAAGUGGAAACAAGGCGAAUCGGCAGCUGCUGAUCUUCCGACAGACAUGGUUGAAAUUCAGACGCAGUCGACCCAACCCAAUGCCAAUGGCACUGUGAAUCCCAGCAAGGAUGUCUUGAACAAAUGA